AUGUUCCUCCUCGCUGGAAUGCAAAGUGACCCCACGAUGCAACUCUUUUGCUCUUUAGUCUCAUUUGAACUGGAACACCUUUCUAACAAAGCAAAGGAGACAUUAUCCUUAGGAGACACUGUAGUUAUUGCAACUCUUGUUACCAUUGGCGUAUAUAGGAAUGCAGCAGAAGUGUCCGAUUGUAUUAAACUUUAGAAAAACAUAGCUGCCUGUAAAUUAGAAAGGAGGAGCGAUCCAGCAAAGAAUCACCAGCGACUCGAGGAAAGCCAAGAAUCUCGCGUAGAGACAACGCGAGACCUAUUCGCAUUCUUUCUCGUUGAUAUUCUUCGAUCGUGGCUUCGAUGCGCCUUCCUAAAGGUUUCCAGGUCGUCCGACACGAUUCACAUUUACGAUUGACUUCUACAAUGGUUAAGUUCGUAGCUGUCCUAUUUCGUUUUGCUAUUUCCUUACCAAUGGUGAUGUUCUUACAGAGGGAUUGUAACAACGAUUGUAAAUCAUUUUUAUUCUGUCGGAAUUAAAACGAACGAAGGAAAGCUGCAAAAAUUAAAUUCUCGGGAAAUUCGCGGGAAACCAAAUCGAUAAUGUAGAACACUGAUUUUCCAUAACAAGCGCCACCUGUUUUUUGUAAAGAUGAAAAUUGUCAGUUCGUUUUCUCAUGAAUUAUCGAUAUCGACGUUCUUUUUUUUCCCAGCGAUUACUAUGCUACAAACCUUUCAAAGACAUUACCGAACUAAAUUGAUUCGUGAGUUAUUAAAUCGUCAAAGCCGAGUUCAAUUAGCGCUCGGGGAGGAUAAAUACGGAGAGAAGAUGAAACAAUCAAAUAUCUUUGCUGUACGUGCGUUCACUGAAUGUUGACAUAGAGCGAAAAUAACAGAUAAAUCACGAGACGGCCGAGACAGGCUUCGCGCACGCUGACAUUAAGAAAUGCAAUUCAGUCGACAGCAAUCCAGAACCGCUAGAUUCGAGCUCUCUCAUAAUAUCCCAAUGGGUGAAAGUUGCAGUUUCCCACGCGAUUCGACCUGCGGACGAAUCAAUGGGAUCUCCUGUACUUUUAUCCCCUUUGUCCGGCGCGUUUAUUCAAUCGUUCAUUCAACCUUGUAUUUACUUGCUUAUCACGCGCACAACCUAUCGAUCAAUUACACGCAGCUCGUACUAAUCGACUGUUCAUUUAUCAUUUAGCUCGGAGCAUUUAAUUGAUUACUCGUCCGUUCGGAUAAGAAGCCAUUUAAUGCAGCUUAAUGUUCUGAAUGACUACAGGCCGUAAGCAUCAUCCGCAAACAGGCAUAUCUAUCUGAAAAAAAAAAAAAAAUAUCGCGUCGAUUGUAAACGUAAAGAAAAUCAUCAUCCUCUUUCGAUUCAUCCUUUAUUGCCAGUUCUCCCCGUUCGAAAUAAGCGCGCAACGCGCGGCCGACGCGCGCAUGCGCGGCCUGAAUUUUCAAACGCUGUCCACUCGAAAAUGCAACGCUCUGCGAAAACACUUUCACCAGACUUUCGCGGAAUCGUCUAUUUUAUUCAACGAUUUCGAUUACGUGUAGUGACAAAAAUGGUAUUCACAUUUCUUUCAGGAUCCAAAAACAUCCUGAGGUUAGAUUAACUCACUCACUCUCUCUCUCUCUGUCUCUGUCUCUCUCAGGUUUCCAAAAGACCGUGGCAGUC